AAGAGUUUUACUCAGUCAAGCAUCCUGGUAUCACACCAGAGAACACACACAGGAGAGAAACCUUAUAGCUGUGAUCAAUGUGGGAAGAGUUUUACAACAUCUAGCCAUCGGAUUGUACAUCAGAGAACACACACAGGAGAGAAACCUUAUAGCUGUACUCAAUGUGGGAAGAGUUUUACUCACUCAAGCAGCAUGUUAUCACACCAGAGAAAACACACAGGAGAUAAAUCUUAUAGCUGUAAUCAAUGUGGGAAGAGUUUUCUUACAUCUAGCCAUCUGACUAUACACCAGAGAACACACACUGGAGAGAAACCCCAUAGCUGUUAUCAAUGUGACAAGAGAUACUCUGAUAAAAGAUCUCUGAUCAAACAUCAAAGAUUACACACAAGAGACAAACCAUAUGGCUGUGCUCAAUGUGGGAAGAGUUUUGGAAAAUCUAGCCAUCUGACUGAACACCAGAGAACACACACAGGAGAGAAACGGUAUAGCUGUGAUCAAUGUGGGAAGAGUUUUUCUUCAUCUAGCUAUCGUAUUAGACACCAGAGAACACACACAGGAGAGAAACCUUAUUGCUGUGAUCAAUGUGGGAAGAGUUUUACUACAUCCGGCUCUCUGACUCUACACCAGAGAACACACACAGGAGAGAAAUUGUAUAGCUGUGAUCAAUGUGGGAAGAGUUUUACUAGAUCUGACCAUUUGACUUUACACCAGAGAAUACACACAGGAGAGAAAUCUUAUAGCUGUGAUCAAUGUGGGAAGAGUUUUACUAGAUCUGACCAUCUGACUUUACACCAGAGAAUACACACAGGAGAGAUAUUUUAUAGCUGUGAUCAAUGUGGGAAGAGUUUCACUAGAUCUGACCAUCUGACUAUACACCAGCGGAUACACACAGGAGAGAAACCUUAUAGCUGUGGUCAAUGUGGGAAG